AUGCCGCCUUCAAAGUGGGACGAAGAGGAGGAGGAGAGCUUUGCGCCUCCCCCUGUCGCACCCCGUCGCAGAUUCGAUGACGAGGAAGAUGAGGAUGUUCUUGACUCCUGGGAUGCCGCUGAGGACUCUGAAGUAGAGCGCGAGAAGGCCAAAAAGGCCGAGGAGGCUCUUGCUGCGGCUAAGGCCAAGGCUGCCGCCAACAAGAAGACCAAGGCCCAGCGCAUCGAAGAGCACCGUGAGCAGCGGAGGCAAGAUGCCGACUCGGACAGCGACCUGGAGGAUGAGACCGAGGAGGAGAAGCGUGAGCGUCUGCGCCGCCAAGAGAAGGAUGCCGAUCUUGCCCACGCCAACGACCUUUUCGGAGAUGUCGACACAAAGCGCAACCGUGGUGCCCCCAAGGCCAUUGUCAUCAGCGAUACCACCGACCCUACUAAGUCUGUUGACCUUUCUGCCAUGCCCUUGUUUAAGCCUACCACCAAGGACCAGUUCACUCGCCUGUCCGAUACUCUUCUCCCUCUGCUCACACCGCACUCCAAGAAGCCUCAGUACUCUAUCUGGGCUCAGGAUUUCGCCCGCAAGCUCGUUAAGGAGCUUCCUAGCUCUGAGAUCAAGAAGAUUGCCAGUGCUCUGACCACUGCUAGCAACGAGAAGAUGCGCGAGGAGCGUGCUGCUGACAAAGGUAACAAGAAGACCAAGGCUGCUAAGACCAAGGUCUCUCUGGUUUCCAACCGUGACAACCAGCUUGACAGCACUAAUUACGAGGGUGGUGAGGAUGGCCUUGGUGAUGAUGACUUCAUGUAA